GAGCGAUGUGUUGGAAUGUGCGGAUUUGGAGCACACUGUCUUUGCAAUAAGUUCUAAAAUAUACCCGAGAAAGUUGCCAAACAGCAGUCGCCCGUCGACGGUGAGUGGAAAGAUCUCCCGGCAUGGCCCAGACAGUGCACCCGGCGGUGGUGUGCAUGCUCGCCCCUUCCGUGGGGAUGCCCGUGGAUGCAGAGGGGCAGGACCUGCCUGUCCCGCAGCUGGUCAUGCUGGCUAACGUGGCGCUGACCUCGGAGGCCGGCGGCUGCGACUACAUGGCGGAGGAGAAGCAGAUGGUGGAGCUGAAGACGGUUGGCAGCAGCGGCUACUCGGACAGCGAGGACGAGGGCCUGCCCUGCUAUGGCUAUGACGGCCACGCGGCGAUGGCCACGCCCUUCCACCCCGAGGCCCCCCAGGCUGUAGUUCGUGUGGUGGAAGAGGAGGAGGAAGAGCAGGAGGUGGUGGUGCACAGAAAGGCCGAGGAAGGACCGGUUGUGCAGGCCCCGCCCAGCGCCCCGGAGCCCGACCACACCCCGCCGGGCGGCAAGCGGAAGAGGGCCCAGGGCUCGGCGGAGGACUUGAGGAAGAAGAAGCCCUUCCACUGCAAGCCGUGUCAGUACCAGGCUGAGAGCGAGGAGGAGUUUGCACACCACAUCCGCGUCCACAGCACCAAGAAGCUGAUCGCGGUGAGCUGGGCCGAGGGCGAGAACCAGGAGAAGCAGGGCCAGGGGGCGGCCCCGGCGAACGGCGAGGGCGCCGCCAAUGGCAAGGGGGUGAUCCGCUGUGAGCGCUGUGGCUACAACACCAACCGCUAUGACCACUACGUGUCGCACCUCAAGCACCACAGCAAGGAGGGCGAGAGCCAGCGGGUCUACAAGUGCACCAUCUGCACCUACACCACCGUCAGCCACUACCACUGGAAGAAGCACCUGCGGAACCACUUCCCCAGCAAGCUGUACACCUGCGCCCAGUGCUGCUACUUCUCUGACCGCAAGAACAACUACGUGCAGCACAUCCGCACCCACACAGGUGAACGCCCUUUUCAGUGUCCUUACUGCCAGUACACAAGUUCGCAGAAAACCCACCUGACCCGGCAUAUGAGAACACAUUCAGGUGAGAAGCCCUUCAAGUGCGACAACUGCAGCUACGUGGCAGCCAAUCAGCACGAGGUGACCCGCCAUGCCCGGCAGGUCCACGGCGGGCCCAAACCCCUGAGCUGCCCCCACUGCCAGUACAAGACGGCCGACCGCAGCAACUACAAGAAGCACGUGGAGCUGCACGUCAACCCCCGGCAGUUCCUGUGCCCCGUCUGCAGCUACGCCGCUUCCAAGAAGUGCAACCUGCAGUACCACAUCAAGUCCAGGCACCCGGACUGCUCUGACAUUACUAUGGACGUGUCCAAGAUCAAGCUACGCGUCAAGAACGGCGGCGCAGCCAAGAGCUCUCGGUACGCGCCGGUGGGAAUGGGACAGGGGGGCCAGCCGGCCCAGCCCGCCGGGCAGGAGAAGACGGCCUGUGGGGGGUCCGGGGUGGAGCCAAGGCAGCCGGACUCGAGCCCCAUCAACCUCUCGACCAAGAGGAACACCGAGCCAACUGAGGACCGCGCCGCGGGCACAAAGAACAAGGAGGAAAUGGGCCUGAAGGAAGGGAAGAAGUCAACUGAGGAAGGGGGUGUGAACAAAGCUCAAGUAGGCGCAGAGAAGCCCCCGGAGCCGGAACAGACCGCAGAGCAAGGGAGGAAGGAAGCCAAGGAGGAGAAGUCCAAGAGGAAAGAGAGGGGCGGUGCGAAGGCAGCACAGAGUGCGGGGAGAGGAGGCGGAGCCGAGAAACAGGCAGAGGGCUCCGCCGACCAAUCGGAAGAGGUAGAAGGCGAAGAGGCAGAGAGAGCGGGUGACACCGGCGAGCCCGCCGGGAAAACACGGCCCAAACGAGAGCGAAGGGGGAGAAAAUCGAACGCCGCCACGGACACCGUGGAGAAGGAACCUGUCAAAGAGAGCAAAAACACGGGAAGGACCGUUAGGAGCACAACGAAGAGACCAGCGAGAGUGGUGAAAAACACUGCGCAAACAGACAAAGAGCAGGCGCCAGAGAGUCAGGAGCCCCCUGCGAAGACCCCGAAGAAGGAAGUGAAGACCAAAGCUGAGAAGAGAAAGUCGGGCACCGCAGAAAGUCCUCCACCGGAGAAAGAGAUCUCGGAGCAGCCCGCUUCAUGCACGAGGACCAAGAGCAAGAGAGCCGAGGGCAGGGCCAAACACCCGCACCAGGAGAAUGUACUGCAAAGUACAGACAAGGCACAGAAAGGCCGCAGAACGUCGAGGCGCAACAUUGAGCAGAGUGAGAGAGUGGAGGAGCCUGUUGAUGUCCAGCCGAAGGAAAAAACCAAAAAGACCAAACGGACACGGUCAAGCAUGGCAGAGGUGGAAACGGCGAAUGAGAGUAAAGACCUGCCCGCUGUGGAGGACACGUUGAACUCGCCACAGAAAGAUGACUGCCCCGCCAGAGACCUCCAGCCAGUAGCGGUGGAGGAGAAGGACCCAGUCACGUCUGUUCAAAUGACCAGCCAACCCCAGGACUCUGAGAGUGUUGAAUCUUUGGCUAAGGUGGAUUCUGUAGAGAAGGAGCUUGAGAAUGCCACAGCGCCCCUGGAGCCACUCCAGGACACAGAGGGAACUGCAGCUGAGCUGAGCAGCAUGGCGACUAAACAGGCAGAGGACGUGAGUGAACCAAAGGACGCUUUUGAAAGCUGCAGCAGCGACAAGGAGCUCCAGUCUCCUCCAGAGGUGGUCCCUGGGCCCAAGCAGGCAGAAGGGAAGAAACCCCUCCCCCCUCUGGAGCUACCCAAGGUGUCUGACAAACCCGCCGACACGGAGGAGGACGAGGGCAUCCACAGCCCCGACGGCAGCGAGAUCAGCGACAGCGUCUCGGAGGGCAGCGACGACUCUGGGCUGAACGGGCUGGCGGCGGGCUCCGACGCCGCAGGCCCGCCCGAGGCCCUCUCAGAACCCGACACCCCCACAGAGGAAAGCCCCGCCCCCACGGAGAAAAGCUCCGCCCCCGCUGUGGAGAGUCCCACCCCUGCGAAACUCCAGCCUCACACGUGUAUCUUCUGCGACCGCACCUUUCCCGUGGAGGUGGAGUACCGGCGGCACCUGAACCGCCACCUGGUGAACGUUUACUACCUGGAGGAUGCGGUCAGGGAGGAACAGUGAACCAGCCACUCUCACACUGUACUUUCGGUGUCUGAUAAGAUACCAGCCAUUUAUCUACUGCUUUCAAAUAAACUGUCCUACUUUUUUAUGUACUUAUUUUUUACUUUUUGUUAUUCAUAGUUCCGACGACCGCACAUUUGGUUUCUGUUUAUCACCUUGCUGUUAUGACGGAUUGAGCAAAGCCAACAGUGUAAGAUAGGCCUUUCAGAGUCCUGUCCCAGUCCUACAGUGGAAGUGUUAGGUUAUUUUGUUAACAGUGUGAAGCUUUAUUGGGUUCCUGGAAGUAAAUGUAAUGUAGCUUUACAGCGCAAAAGAAUGCUGAUUUUAUUUUGCAUCAUCAGCUCUGAUUGAAAUGUUCAAUUUAUCCUUCACUUUCAAACCUAUACCUUUUUUUCAAAUCGGUCACGGGAAUUAUGUCGUACAUCACUGUGAGAUUAAUGAUUCACAGCUUGGACUCUGUGAGACACCCUGCGUCUCCGCAAAGUUCCUGAAUCUCUUCAGCAUUCCAUUUCACGUGAGUCGCUUUAACCUGGCUGCCCAAGAGCAAAGGAGGCCCUUCUCGAAUGUGCCUAAUUUUUCCACAUUGUCCCGUUCAAGAACAACAGUUGUUCCCCAUGGGGCAACGCAGCGUGACACUGAUAAAUACUUCAAAAAAGAACCAAAGAUGCCCAUCCCCUGUGCUAUGAAUACAAGAAUAGAUAGGUCCAGGAGGCCCACUGACAGUAGCAUUGAUAACAAUACAACUUGCACUUCUUUGUUUCGGCUCUGUCCGGGGAAAGAAGCUUGCAUUGAGAUCAUAGUGUUCAAGUGGGAAUAUCAACAUAUUUGAAGUCAGUCCCGGUUGAUCUUACAGCCAACAAAAAUGUCUAGCAUUUUUUUUUUUCUUUUGAGCACUUUGGAAAGCAGAUAUUCCUUGACCACCCGCCCCUCCUUUUGUAAAAAUGUUUUCAUUUGGACUUUGUAGAUAAUUUCAGGUAUUGGGUUUCAUGCCGAGCUGACACGCUAGCGCAGCGUCCAAAAUCUGUGCAGUGGAACGCAUUAACUUAGUCUGCUCAGAUCCCAGUAAAAUGUUUUCAAAUACAGCGUUUCCCUCUAAAAUCCUGUUUGCGUAUAAGCUUAUGAAUGUGUAGCAAGUCACAGGCUGUAAAGUAUCUAGUAUCAAAUAUGUAGAUGGUUGGCAUAUGUUACGUUCUUCAAGGUUGAAAUCUGAUUCCUCCUCGUAGAAAGUUUUCUUAGUGUAGAUGGAGUCGGAUGCCAUUACACACAUUGAAAUGCGCACAGAAUGUACUUGUAUCAAAUCUGCAUUUGGCAUUAAAAAAUAUUGUUAAGGUAUAUGCGUUGUGAGCCCAUCGGUGGCCAUCUGGUUGUGCUUGCAGUGGCAGUUGGUGAUUUUGGUAAUGGUCUAUUCAUAUGGUUUAAAAAAAAAAAAGAACUCAUUAAUGCUCUGGAAAUCUUGUCUUGUGAAGCACUGGUAAUGGCAUUUUAAUGGCUAAACACUGAAGCAGCUAAAUGACUGCUGGACGCAAAAGAUGGCCUGUGGCUAAAUGUAGAGUCAUUGUAUGCUCAUUAGGAAUGGCUUCACUACGCCAUGCUAGGUCUGUGUAGCAUCAGAUUUCAGCAGAUGAAAAAAGUACAAUGUUGUGUAAUACAUAUACAGAACCAUCAUUUUAAAUAAUGAAUAU